CACAAACACUCUGCCAUCCGGCUCCACGCUUGUGCUUCACCUUACCGCAAAGAAACCCUCUGCACCGGCCACUUCCAAGCAGAACACGCAGACGCACAGGCGGACGCAUGGCGGACGAAGCGGACUGGCUGCCGGACCUGGCGGCGCUGGCGUCGCUAAGCGUGGCUGUGCAUUACGUGCUGGGACUCUACGGGCUGCUGGGCGCGCUGCUGAUAUUCAUCGCGCUGGAACACGGCUCCAAACUGCGCAGUAAGAGCGUGGAAUGCGAGCAGACACCACCUGCGCUCGAGGACGACGCGUCCACCGUAGGGGAUGACGGAACCUCGCAGGACGAGGAACGACAGGACAGUGAACAGGACGAGGAACUGCAACGUCACCGCGUUGCCAGCCUCGUAGUGAUCGACGUCGGUAGUGGAGCGCCGACAGAGGACAUGGAGAUGAACUCGCGUACACCUAUCCCGUUCGAGACGGAGCUCUUCAAAGGGCAUGCACUUUUCCUGGUGCGUACGCAGCCCGAGGAUCCACACUACGCAGCGCUCUUCGCUGGCAAGCGUCGCAUGUUCUGGAUCCAGGUACAGGGGCGCUUCAAACAGGCACCGAAAGGACCCGUCUAUUUGGGCGGUGAGCUGCCUGCAAAGAUCACUCCCGGGGUGUUGACACGCAGCGUAGCACUCGUCAUUAUGGGACUCAUUAGAAGACUCGUGGGUCGAGUGAGUUUCAGCUUUGGCGGCUCAGCAGACAGUGAGAACUCGGAUGAGCUGCCAGCUGUGGCAUUCCCACUGUAUCAAUCAGUGGAUCAGUUCGUAGAGACGCAAGAAGGACAAACUCCGCCUGGAUUGGGCACAGGAGACUUCGGAGAGACUGAACAGCAACGCAGACAGAGAAGACACACGCCUCUUGGUGCAGAGAAAUACGUGGUUGGGUCUACAUACACCUUCGACUUCCACACGAUGUACGUGGACUUGACGAGGUGGAAGACCGCCAAUUUGCCUGGUGGACUAAAUGCCAUGGAUCUCGCCAGCUUCUUCGACUCGCUGCCGUUGAGAUUGGUGGCGUAUCAAGUGAGAUCCACCGAAUUUGAAACGUCGGACAGCCAUCGACAGCGGGAUAAGGAUUAUUUGUUCUCGUUUGAGGUCAAGUAUGACAAGCACAGGUGCCAGAAGGACGAGGAGAUGAGAGUAGACGGUGGACGAGGCAGUGGAUCUGGCAGAGCAUCGACUGUAUCUGGGAUGGGUUUGAGUCUCAUGGGUUCGGAGAUGAGCACCAUGAGCACGACGCUGAGUGACGUUAGUUCACUGACCGAAGAGGACCCAGUUUUGGCACAGGAACAAGCAGUCUUCCUGCGACUUGAACACGCUCGGCGACUUGGACAGCUCUCGUUCUCUUACUUGUGCUGGAUGGAGGAAGUGGACGUGGCUUCCGAUGUACGGCGUGUGCACUACGUGUUCGCAGUGAAAGACAAGGUGGGUGAGUACGACGAAGAAGAAGAAAUUGAUGCAGACGACGAGCCGGCGACACCGCAGAAUCGCUACCGACUAGCAAUUGUGAGCAGCUACGAGCUGCGCAACUUGCUGCAAGGGCGUCACGCUUUGAAAGGUGAUAAACCCACUGAAGAGUUGGCCAAGUUGCGGCUCCACAGUCGCUCUCGUAUCGGCAGCUACAGCACCAUCUCAAGUGAGGCACAGCAGGUUGUGUUGCAUCUGCAAAGGCUGGCAAGUGAGCCGCUUCCACAGUCUGCACUUCCGUCGUAUUCCAGUGAUUGUCCGAGCGACACAGAGACAUUAGAUGGUGAUGAAAAUGGAGAGAAGAAACCUGUCCACGAGACUCGUGUAAUUGCUGCUCAGGCAGCUCUCUACAAAUGUCUGAUGAAGCGUCAACAUUUACAAGAGCAAUUCACGCCCAACAUCAAGCUGUCUCCAUCUCGAAUCGGCGUGAAUCUCAGUCGUCGCGACCGUGAAGACAUGGGCGUGGUCUUUGAAGGAGUCGUGUACCGCUACUACGCCGCUGAGCUACUACGUCAAGAGGUUCUCCUGCUCACAAAAGACGCACUCUUGUUCUACCGCUCCUACGCUUCCAGUGCGGAGAAGCAGGUGUCGUGCUCGCAUAUCAUCGGAGCUCGAGUCGUGGACGUUCCUUCACGUUCUGCGUAUCGUGAUGGAGCCAGCGGCACUGAUGGCGCGUAUGCGUUGCAAAUCAGCACGUUCGCAGAGGAAAUCGUACUGUGUGUCGGCACAAGUUCUACGCGGGAUGCAUGGGUGAAAGGCAUCCUCCAGUUCUGCAACCCCAAUACUAAUUUUGAACGGGCGUUACAAGGAGAAAUGUACAUUGGAUUCGCUGCCACCACUGCGCUGCGACCUGCAAACCGCGUGGAACUCAAUUCACGACUACUUUUCCCACAGUUGACGCAGCAAAAUGGACACCAAACUAGCGUUGAGGUGGUCGCAGUUGACACAAUUCCAGGCGUGUUAAUGCUAGUGAAACGCACGUUGACGCGUGCUUUGCACAUUCUCAACAACGCCCAGCAGCUCUCCGUGACUGACGUACUGGCAUUCCUAGACGGCGCCAGUGCAUUGCGAGCUGUGGACUUGCAACAACUACAGGAUUCUGGCUCACACGAAGAGCAGGUUGCGUUUUACCUGAAUCUAUACCACACAGUACUAGCUCACGCCAUGAUCGCUCAAGGUUUUCCGCGUGGGAUAAGUCAGUGGAGUCACUUUCUCACUCGAACAUGCUACGCAUUGAGUUGUGGACCGAAUGGAGAGCAGGUUAGUCUGUCGUUGGCGGAAAUUGAGCACGUGAUUCUGCGAGCUCGCCUGCCACGCGCAGAGCUGUCGUAUGUGAACGUUAACAGCGUCAUAACAGCAGCGAAUGGGCCAGACAGUCGACUGCACGACCUCGGGAUCGCACAUCCAGAUUUCCGUCUGAGUCUGGCGCUGGUGAUGAACCACAUGGACAGCGAAGACAUCGUGAUCUACGAGCCGGAAAGCGUGCAUGAUCAGCUGAACGCCGUUCUGCGCUCAUUGCUGAAGCGUAGUAGCGCUCAAGGGUGUCUAGAGAUGAAGGAGGACUCGAACACUAUCACUUUGCCGCGUGUGUUCGAGUGGUACGGCUGCGACUUUGGUGGAGUUGCCAGAGUGGCUACCUGCCAGCGGGAUGAUGGCGCUUCUGCAAUAAAUUGUGUCCGGAAGCUGCUGGGGUUCAUGGACAGCACGCUGCAACUGCAGGUGAUCAACGCUUUAGAUCUUGAUGAGGCUCCUCUUCGCACCAAGUUCCGUUCAUUCAAGUAUUCGCCCAAGACGACGCUACUGGAAGACCCGAGUUGUCGACCCACAACACCUUACCGCAUCACUAGCAACAUGGACUCGGCUCAAACGGAAGAAAGUGGCGGGACGACAGAACUUUAGUACUCUCGCCUGUAUAUUUAUCAUCAGCAGAUAACCAGAAAAUGUAAGUGUAUCUUUCAAGGCGCUCACUUCAAUUACACGCUACCGUUCGCACUAUUUAACGUCGCAAGGUUUCAUUUUU